AGGUAGCUGUGAAGACAUUUGCGCGUGGUAGUAUCGCGAGCAGUAUUUUUGAGCGUGAAGUUUCCAUUCGAACAGCCAUGCCAGCCCAUCAAAAUCUUGUAGCGCUCAUAAGAUCGUCCGUGAGUGGGCCCGAAAAUAUGGAGGUUGGGUCGUCUGCUUCUGUUAGUAGUGCUUUGAAGGAUAGAUCUGUAGUGGAUGAGGAUGCUUUUGAUUUUGAAAUCUUCGAUGUCAGUGAAGAUUUGGGCUUCAAUGACGUACACUGUUUGACACUUGAGCGAUCUACUUCAGAAGAAGGUGACUUCACAUUGGUGGAAGAAUUUUGUGACGGGGGUAGUUUGUCAGAUCUGAUUAUCCAAGGAUAUCUUGAGUAUAAUGAGCCGCUUGCUGUUACAAUAAUGCAGCAGUUGGUGUGCGGGGUCAUGCAUAUGCAUGUUCAUGGUGUAGCCCACUGCGAUAUCAAGCCAGAAAAUAUUGUCGUUAGCGGACACGUAGCGGGCGAGGACAGCCACAUAUGUGCUAAGCUUUGCGACUUCGAACAUGCUGUGGUGGUCACUGAUGUUCUUACGCAAUCUAGCCGUCGAAGCUCUGGGAGGUGCUCUGGCACUAUCCCGUACUGUGCACCAGAGAUGUUCUCCAAUCAGCCCACAGAAUAUGACCACAAAGCUCUCGAUGUGUGGAGCUGCGGUAUUGUUUUGUAUGUUAUGCUGAGUGGAUUGUUUCCCUGGUGUAAGGCGGCUUUGGAAGAUGAUUACUGUCGCUUGUAUCUUAUCUCUGGUGAUACGAGAGAUCUGGACGGCUGGGAUCAGAUACCUGCACGCUUUCGUCCCCUAUUGCUGGGAAUGUUGCAAGUAGAUCCAUCAAAGCGACUGAUCAUCCAAGAGGUAGAAAGGUGUCUCAGUGAAUUGCCCGGAGAUGUGACGUGACCGACGUUACAAGUCGUUUAUUAUAUUCGAAAUCUUGAGCUGGUGCCAGGAUGUAGAUCGCUUCGGCACUUUAGUUACAAAAUUAGCUAUGAAUAGAUCUGGGUCUGAAGGCACACCGUCGUAUUUACUUCCGAUCAUAAUUUUCCAGCUCAUUUACGUCUGAGGGUGAAAUUUAUAAUGUCGCAUCUGGCAUAACGUGGAGGCGCAUGCGUCUCUUGCAGCUGACGAUCGCAUAUAAAUCAUUUUGCUUACGGUGGGUAUUAAAUACCUUUCAGUAAUGAUCUGCAUAUGAGCGCAUAUGAUGUGUGUGUUUAUUUAGGUCGACAUUAGCUAUUCUUACAUGAUCAAAAUAAACUGUCUCGCAUUAGCAUACAUAUGGU